CAUUCUUUAUUUAAUCAUAUUAUAUGAUUAAUGGAUUAUUUUAUGAUAAAUCAUGAUAGUAUCUAUAUAUAAUUGUUAAUGAGAACAAUACAUCGGGUAAUAUCUUAUCUAGACAAGAUCGUGGCGUCUUAAAGUAUUAGUCCAUUUAAUAUUUUCUAUUGAAAUGUACGCUCUGUGUAUAUUGUUGUUGUGCGGAAUUUCUGUACGCAGUGAAAAGUUUUACGAGUUAAACAUUAUUCAUUAUAAUGACUUUCACGCAAGAUUCGUAGAAACUAGUCCGUUUGGAUCUGUCUGCAAUCCAACGGCAGCUCCUUGUAUCGGAGGCUUCGCCCGCCUCGCAACCCUUAUCAGAGAUGGACUUGAGAGGAACCCAGAGUCCUUAGUAUUGAACGGAGGGGACUCUUUUCAAGGAACUAUCUGGUAUAAUUUAUUGAGAUGGAAUGUCACUCAGGAUUUUAUGAACAUGGUCCAUCACGAUGCACAUGUGUUAGGAAAUCAUGAGUUUGAUAAUGGUAUUGAAGGUGUUGUUCCAUACCUUCAACAUCUCCAAUCUCAAGUUGUUACCGCUAAUAUUAUCGACGACGAUGAACCAACGAUACAAGGAUUGUACAAGCCUAGCAUUGUAGUCGAAAAGGGAGGUCGGAAGAUUGGUAUAAUAGGUGUUAUAAUAUCGAGUACUGACGAACUUGCAAGUACAGGAAAUUUAAACUUUACGGACGAAGUUGAAGCUGUUAGACGAGAAGCUGAAAAGUUAAACGAGCAAGGAAUAAAUAUCAUUGUGGUUCUAUCACACUGUGGGAUAGAUAUAGAUCGUAAAAUAGCCCUUAAUGCUGGUCCCCAUAUAGACAUAAUUGUCGGAGGUCAUAGUCAUACACUUCUAUCAAACAGUGACCCUCCAGAAGGUUCGACUUGGACUCCAUUGGGACCUUAUCCCGUUGUGGUAGAACAGGCAACAAGAUCUGUAUUGAUCGUUCAAGCUGGAGCUCAUACCGCAUUUCUAGGGGAAAUUAAACUUUAUUUCAAUGAUAACGGAGAUCUUAUCAGUUGGGUUGGUGAUCCUCAUUAUAUAGGCAACAAUGUUCUUCCAGCUCCUGACGUCUUAGAAAAGAUUAAUGAGUAUCUGCCAGUUAUAACUGAACAAGCAACUGAAUUGAUUGGAGUCUCUAAAGUCCACAUGUCCUCAAGAUGUAAUUGUGGAGAAUGCAAUCUUGGUAGUUUUAUUUGCGAUGCUUUUAUGCACGAAACUGUAUUGAAAUCAGGGAAGAAUACGUGGAAUGAAGCGAAUUUUUGCGUCAUUAACACUGGUGACGUUCGUUCGGACAUCGAAAUAGGAAAUGUAACAUUCGAAAGCGUAAUGCUUUCAAUUCCGUUUGAGAACAACGUUGAGAAGUAUGAUUUAAGAGGAGAUCAUAUUUUGGAAAUGCUUGAGUAUGCUGUGGCUAAUCAUUCACGGCCUGGCAGAAGGAUGGUGCAAGUGUCAGGCAUGCGAGUCAUGUUUGAUGGCGCCCGUCCCGUUAACGAUAGAGUUGUAAGCGUUACAAUAAGGUGCAAUUAUUGUGAUAUACCAACAUACGAGCCUCUGGUUACAAGUAAAGUUUAUAAAAUGGUCUCACAGUCGUUUAUUGGCGGAGGCGGUGAUGGGUUUACUAUGAUAUCGAAUAAUCGCCAGAACGUAGAAGUGUUGGGUGUUGAUUACGACAUACUGUUACGUUACGUACGGCAUCAGUCGCCGAUCAUGAAGGACUUGGACGGACGGAUACUGAUAAAAGAUCCAUGUUUAGAGAACUGAAUUAAUAAUAGAAUUCUCCCUCGAUUAUAGUAAAAUAUCUUUUGUGUCAUACGUGGUUCAUUCGAAACUAGCAAUAAUGUUUAUUUAUUGUCGAAGUAACGUGCCAAAUAACGCUGUUACAAACGUUUUGUCGUACCCAUAAACUGCUUUUACCAUACUUUUUGCACAACUUUAAACGGAUAUACAAAAAACAAAAGAGAAAAAUAGACAACAGAAGUGGAAACCUAUAAUAUUUUUAAUAAAAAUUUACCAUAGACUUAUAUAUUAUCAAUAUUUAUAAAUCAUCUCGUAAAUAUAAAGCUUUUAUGUAAAUUUAUGAUUCAAAUAUUAUAAUAAAUAUAUAUAGAAAUUGAAGUACUUUUAGAAUUGCGUAUAUAUUAAGUAAUAUUUAACGUUAGUGUUGUGAUAUUUAUUUAUUUUAUAAAUGUCCUUAUACAACUAUCUACUAUUAAUUAACGUGGCCUAAGCUGAAACAAAGCGCUUCAAAGAACACAAUGAGGACACUGUUUUAAUACAGCCUUUAUAGCGUUAUACAAAAUUAAACUGUAUUUCAAAUUGAAUAGAUCGCUUUUCAUGAAUCAUCUCAAAUAAGAACGCUCACAAAUAUUUUAUGUGAUAUUUCUAACGACGGGUUUUCUAUUUAUUUGAUAUAAUAGAGUAAUUAUCUCACAGUCAUCCGAUCACAAUAUUAUUAAAAUGACAAUAGAUCUUUUUAAUUUUGAUAGUCUUACAAUAUUAGCAAAUUUAAGAAAUAUCAUCUCAAAUUUGAUCUAUCGUUUCUCUAGUUCCGUUCUUUCCUCAUUAGAUUUUAUUUAACAUAACAAUACCGUUUGCAGUAAAAUUAUU